GCAUAUGCAGUUCCCGAACAACCUGACAGAGAUCCGGUGCAUCUCUACAAGCUAUAUGCCGACAAACGCCCUGUUGACAUGAUGACAGAAGACAGCCCCUUCUUCUUAACUCCUGGCAACAAGACACAGCAAUGCUGGUUCAGGAAGUCUGCCAUGGGAAUAAACAAGCUAUACAGCAUAAUGACUGAGAUGAAAACAGAUGCUGGUAUUCAAGAGCCAAGAAUCACCCCAUACAGUGCAAGAAAGCACUUGAUUCAGAAGCUGAAUGACGAGAAUGUUCCUGCUCAUCAAAUAAUACAGAUUUCAGGGCACAGAAAUAUUAACAGCUUAAAUAAUUACAGCAGUUUGAACAAGGAACAGUCAAAAAAUAUUUCAAAAAUACUUUCUCAUUCAAACCAGUCAGUUGAAAAGCACAACCGCACAGCCACUGCCACUGCGUCAGCCACACCUGCAUCAAGUGAUUUUCCGAUGGCCCGAGGAUUUUUUGUCAACUCACAUUUCCAGGGCAAUGUAACAUUUAAUUUUCACAACUCUGAAUCUUACAUGGGCCUUUCCCAGACACAGAACGUAGUCAAUCACCAGAGGCAAUCUCCAUCCCGUACACCGGCGGUAACCGCAGAUUCCCCUGUACAGCGACACUACAAGCGAAUCCGUCUUAUUGCAGAGAGUGACAGUGAUUGAUAUCGAAACCAUUUAGCACAAAAACACUGUUGAAAUAUGUUUGCGUUCCUAGUUUAAUCCAGUUAUGUGUUAUUAAUCCAGCAAGUCGUAAAAGUGUUGUUCAACAUGGCGAGCACUUUCGUAACUUUCAGAUCAGUUGAAUACACAAAUUACUACGC